AUGGCGCCGGCAAAAACUGUGAAACGAGCAGGGAGCAAGCGUAAGAAUGAAGGGGACAAUAAAUUCAGUAGCAGAAAGAAGGCAGCGUUCAACGACGAAGAGCUUAGUGGUGAUGAUUUCAGCGCGGAGGAAGAAGCAAGAUUCGAAAGCGGGGGAGAAGGCAGCGAAGAUGAGUUUGCAUUAGAAACAGCAGACGAAACGAGGCUUCGGCUUGCCAAACAGUAUCUUGAAACUGUCACUAACGAGGUGAAGAAGAUCGAAGAGGACGACGACGCAGAUGCCUUCAACCAAGAUGCAAUUGCUCAUCGUCUACAGCAAGACAUUGCUGAAGCAAAGGGGAAGCGCUACAAACAUGUGGCAGAUCACUUGGUGGGAAAGGAUAUACAAGUCUCCCAGGUUCUUCGCGGUCAUAAGCUUUCAGUCACCAGCGUUGCACUUGCUGGAGAUGACAGAACUUUGUGCUCAGCAGGAAAGGAGGGAGUGGUGUACCUGUGGGACUUGGAGUCAGGAACCAAGAAGAAGAUAUUUCCAGAUGAAAAGUUUGGCAAGGUUGUGAACGGACUAGCUGUAAGUCAAGAUGGGCAGUACGUCGCGAUCGGAGGAAAGGAUAGCUUGGUUCAUGUAUAUGAUGUUAGGCAGCAGAAGCUGGCGAGCAGCUUUAAGGGGCACCGCGACGCUGUUACUUGCUUGGCCUUCCGCAAGGGAACUCACCAGCUGUUCUCCGGCUCGCUAGACAGGACAAUCAAGAUUUGGAACUUAGACGAGAUGUGCUAUGUUGAGACGCUGUUCGGGCACCAGUGCCAAAUCAACGGGAUCGCCUCCCUGCUUCGAGAACGCUGCGUGUCAGUGGGGCGAGACAGAACGAUGAGGCUGUGGAAGGUGAUGGAGGAGUCGCAGCUCAUCUUCAGGGGCCACACCCACAGCAUCGACACCGUUGCCAUGUCCAACGAAGAAUUCUUCUGCGGAGGAUCGCAGGACGGGGGCGUGAGCUUGUGGUCAGUGAUGAAGAAGAAGCCGACGGUGAUUCGCCGGGUGGCUCACGGCAGCGACGAGUUCGGCAACCCCAACUGGAUCUCCUCAGUCGCUGCUCUCAACUACAGCGACCUCAUUGCCUCCGGCUCCUGCGAUGGGCUGGUGCGGCUCUGGAAGUGUGCAGAUCAAAACUCGUCGCUGGAGGAGGUGGCACAGCUGCCUGUGAAAGGCUUCGUCAACUCGCUCUGCUUCUCCUCAACAGGGAGGUUCCUGGUCGCUGGCGUCGGGCAGGAGCAUCGACUCGGAAGGUGGAAGAGAAUGGGAGAGGCAAAGAACUCCAUCGUAGUUCUUCCUUUGUCGCAAGAAGACUUGGUCUGAGAGAUUCAGAGAGCUCGGGGUGGGAUGGAGUUGGAGGAACACAACAAAAGAAGCGGCAACGAUGUUGAUCAUGUGAAGGGUGACGAUGAUAAUAACCUUUACGUAUAUAAAACAUGGCUGCAAC